AUGUCUUCUAUGAUCACUACGACCGCUUGGGUGCGGCGGGGAGUCGCUGCCCAGUUCCCCACCAAAUAUGAGAUUGACGAGGAGGAGAUGAACCGGAUAUCCAAGCUCGCUCGGAUGCAACUUGAAGACGCCCAGGGCGAUCUGGACGCUGCCAGGGAAGGAAAGGACCAGGACGGUGAGACGAUGGAGGAUCAGAAGGAGGAGACUCAAGACGCAAUGGAGGACGAUCCCGAGGAGAAGAAGGGCAAGACAAGUUUCAAUAACGAUGAUGAUUUGAAAGAAUACGACCUUGAUCACUACGACAGCGAUGAGGUCGACGAGGAUGGAGAGAAGAUUACCAUGUUCGGAAACGUCAAGUCGCUGGCUUACCACCAGCCCAACGAGGAAGAUCCAUACCUUGUGAUGCCGGAAGAAGAAGAGGACGAGGAGAGAGAGGAGCUGCAGAUCCUUCCCACCGACAACUUGCUUCUGGCAGGUAGGGUCGAGGAUGAGGUGGCCCACCUUGAAGUCUACGUCUACGAGGAUCAGGAGGCGAACCUUUACGUGCACCACGACAUUAUGCUCCCCGCCAUCCCUCUUUGCGUUGAAUGGCUGGAUUUCCCUGUUGGCGCAAACACCGGCGACCGGACUACCGGCAAUUUCGUGGCUGUAGGAACCAUGGAGCCCGACAUUGAGGUCUGGGAUCUGGACAUUGUCGAUUGCAUGUACCCAAACGCCAUCCUGGGUCAGGGCGGUGCGGAGCUCGAGGCAGACAUGAAGAGGGCCAAGAAGUCCAAGAAGAAGACCAAGGCGAACGAUGAGUUCCACGUCGACUCCAUCCUUGCCUUGGCCGCAAACCGCCAACACCGCAAUCUGCUCGCAUCUGCCUCCGCUGAUCGUACCGUAAAACUCUGGGACCUCAACACUACCAAGUGCGCCAAAUCUUACACACAUCAUACGGACAAGGUGUGCUCGCUGGACUGGCACCCUAAGGAAGCCACCGUUCUACUCACCGGUAGUUACGAUCGUACCGUGGUGGCGGCAGACAUGAGAGCUCCCGACGCGAAAGCACGGUGGGGAGUAGAUGCCGACGUCGAGAAUGUGCGCUGGGAUAUUCACGACCCGAACUUUUUCUAUGUCACCACAGAUGCCGGUAUGGUCUACCGCUACGACGUUCGAAACAUCCCUGCAACGCCAAAGGAAUCGAAACCGGUCUGGACCCUGCAGGCGCACGACACCUCGGUGUCAUCCUUUGACAUAAACCCGGCCAUUCCUGGCUUCCUCGUCACUGGGUCAACCGACAAGCAAGUCAAGCUGUGGAACGUCGAGAACGACAGACCUAGCAUGGUCGUCUCGCGUAAGAUGGACGUUGGUAAGGUUUUUUCGACCACCUUCGCUCCAGACAACGAGGUCGGCUUCCGGCUCGCGGUGGCUGGUAGCAAGGGAACGGUUCAGAUCUGGGACACCUCAACCAACGGGGCCGUUCGUAGGGCUUUCGUGUCGCGCAUGCCCGCCCUCGAGGGUGAGGUCAAGGAACGCACGAUCGGAUUGCAAGCUGACGAUAAUGAAUCGGAUGAUGAUGCCGCAGGGGAGGAGAUCGGUGCUCAGCAGGGCGGGGAUGGCUGGGAAUCGAUGGACGAGGACUAG